AGCCCGCGUGGCCCAACACACCGCCUGCUGGAUACAUCCACACUCUUAGUCUUUGUGUUACAUGGGUGCAUGCUCUAUCGCGGCUCGAAACGGCCUGCCAAUAUUAUGUUCGGGGAACCGAUUCCCAGCCGUCGUUGCCAGCGUCCUCUUCUGCAUGGGAACCGCCCUCGACGUCGCUAUCAGUAGUGAGCAGAGGGCCUCUGGUAAGGCAGGCGUGAAGACGAAGUCAGGCCAGCGGGUGGAGGCGAGCACGCAGCUGGGCGUCAUGAGCAAAGCGGGCGUCACGAGGUACAGCCGCAACAAGAUCAAGGCGGUCAAGAGCGCCAACGAGUUCUACUGGGCGAGCACCGGCGGCAGGCACGGCAGGUUCGGCACCUCGUCUUUCACCGGCCCUGCGGACCUCGUCAACAACAUCUCCUGGGGCUGGCAUCACCCCAACGGCGUUCACAACACCGUCCUGGUCGGCGCGCCGCUCAUCGACGACCAGAUGAACAUAUACGUGUCGGCCGACGAUGCCAUCCGCAAAUUCGACACGCUGGGGACCCUUCUUUGGAGCUACGGCCCGCGCGGCCAGCUGGCCUCCGCGCCCUCGCUCGUGGCGGCUGGCUACGCCAGCUCGCCCCCGCAGGGUGAGGUCCACGGCUAUCCCCCAGCGCCGUUCACCGAGGCCCACGCGUUUCGCGUUGGCGAUGGCGGGAACUCACUUCUGAGGGUCGGCGAUCGAGUCGAGGUGCUCCCGGGUAAGGAGUACCACGCCAAGGGCAAGGAGUACUACAGGACCGGCGACGUGGGCGAGGUCAGCAAGAUCGUUGCCAGCGAUCGCGGCGAGCCGAGAGCGAUCAUCAGGUGGCCCCGCACGGGGCACGCCAGCAGCGCGCUGCUCUCCACCUGGCAGCAAAAAUUUGCCCGAAAGGAGGAUGGCACCGCGAGGCGCCAGGUUCCUGCCCUCUACGGGUCCACCGUCACGGGCUAUGGCUUUGCACUGGACCUGGAGACGGGCGACGAGCUCUGGGCGACCAAGCUGUCCUCCGAGAUUGCCGGUGUCAAGGGAACCGUGGCCGCCCAGAGUGGCAUCUUCGUCGCGGCCUCCGACAAGUGCCACGACCGGUACUGCUACCGAUACCGCAACGAGAGCAUGCACGUAAGCAUGGCGCCCUCGAACCGCAUCAUCAGGGGUCUCAACAGCGUGAACGGCACCGGCAUCUGGUCAUACACGCCGGACCAUCCGGUUUGGAAUUUCGACCCACAGAUCACUGGAUGGGGUGGUGUGCUGUUCCAGGAUUUUCAGGGUGGGCUCUACUGCCUCAACCUGACCACAGGCGAGGAGUUGUGGAAGAAUGAAGGGCAGCUCGGCAUGUACACACAGGCUGCCGCCAUUUUCAGCGCAGAGCUAAACUACAUCUUCUCGAUCACUGAGGAAGCGUAUGACAGUAGGUGGUGCGACCCAUACACUCCACCAGGGAUCCUCAUUUGGUGCAACACAGUGCAGGAUACCCAGGGGCUCGUCCGAGGCUACCACGCGGAGACUGGUGUGAAGAUGUGGGAGACUACUCUCCCGAUGCCGCCUACAGGAGCGAGCCUCGGCAAGCUCAACAGUGGUGACGGCAGAACACACUUGGUAGUCGGCAUCGGACUCAACUGUCAGUACGGGGGCGCGUAUGGCAGCAUCGGCAAGCCGUCAGAGCUGUGGGCUUUGAGUGGAAAGUGGGGGGGCCGACUGUGGAGGCGGGUUGGUCCCACCCUCUGGACUUCGGAUUGUGCAGGUGACAAGGAGGGCGAAGACAUCCGCCGGGCAAUGGGUACUCGACCGAAGUGUCAGCCGAACAGCUGGAGCAAUCCGGUGAUCGAUGCCAAUGGAGACGUCUACGCUGGCAACCACGUUGGAAUGGUUCAGAAAUGGGGCUCGCCUACUGGUCAACAUUACACUGUGGAUCUUUUGUCCUCGUUGGAGACUGGCUCGGCGAUGCUGGAUCAGAGCAUCGCGAUGGCACCUGGCAUGAUGGCCAUAAGUACAUGCAGAUCGCUCAUCGUUCUCACGGCCUGAGCGCUGAAGGUAGUAGGCCGUGGGCCCAAAUUUCGUCGCCUUUGGAUGCUCCCUUCUUUUCCUCACCCUGCGCCGCCCUAUGAGGGCCGGUCCCGCUGGACCGAACUCGCGCGCUCGCCUCGCCUCGCCUUCUUUUCCUCACCCUUGUUUCCUCCCGCCUUCUCCCUCUCCCUCCUCCCCAAAAUCAUUGUUCGGUCCGUUCGCUCGGGCUUCGCCUUUGCAUGCCCUGCUUGAGCUGUCCCCCCCCCCGCGCAGCCACCCCGACCCCCUUGGGGGAAAAGGCGCGGAGAGCGGUCGGGAACGCAUUGCCGUUCGACUCGUGCUCUUCUAGCGGAGGCUCUUGACUAAAACUCGGCCUGUCGGUUUAUGUGUGUUUUUCCGUGGUGAUGUGGCGGUUCAAAAGCUGCCUCCCGUCCAUGCCCCGCACACCGCGAGGCAAAGUCUUGGGGGGUGCACCGUUUUUGCUGCGACCGAUGCUUGAGGCAUCGGCCAUUUCUUUCUGCGAGCACUGCGUGGAGUCACCGCAGCACUUGCUGUCCCAGAAUGGAAAAUGAUUGUCCGG